UUUAGGCUAUUAGGUUUCAUUGUUUCAAACUUUUAACUGCCACUCAGGCCUCAGCCACGAUUUCAGCUGCGCGCCACCUCCCAGGAUCCAGACUGAGACUCCCACUCCCAGCAUCCCACGAGCCACGACGACGAAGAUUCCCACUGCCGUCGCCGACUGCCACCCACGAGCCACGAUUCCCUUGCCCAUAGUUUGAACAACUGCAACGGUAGCAUGAGCCAGUGGAGAGCAGAGGAGGCCAUUGCUGGCAAUGCAGAAGCACUUGAGGCUCUUAGAGAACUGACCACAUUUCCACACUUAUAUUCUCGUGAAGCUCGAAAGCUCGGUCUCAAGUGGCCUCGAAGCUUGUUGCUAUAUGGUCCACCAGGCACUGGGAAGACAAGCUUGGUACGUGCUGUUGUUCGAGAAUGUGGUGCACAUUUAACUGUUUAUGGUUCUCAUUUGGUUCAUAAAGCACAUGCUGGAGAAAGUGAGAGACUUCUGCGGGAGGCUUUUUCUGAAGCGUUGUCCCAUGCAAAGUUGGGCAAGCCAUCUGUUAUCUUUAUAGAUGAAAUAGAUGCACUUUGUCCUCAUCGUGCUCCAGGAAAGGAGCAAGCUGUACGAGCAACCUCUCAGCUCUGUGUGCUGAUGGAUGCAAAUUCAUCAUCAUGUGGGCCUCAAGUUGUUGUGGUUGCAUCAACUAACAGAGUUGAUGCAAUUGACCCUGCAUUAAGAAGGCCAGGGCGUUUUGAUUCUGAAAUUGAAGUCACCACACCUACAGAGGAGGAACGCUAUCAAAUCCUCAAGCUGUAUUCAAAAAAACUUCCAUUGAAUCCCAAUGUUGAUUUGCGAUCCAUAGCUGCAUCCUGCAAUGGAUAUGUUGGAUGUGAUUUGGAAGCUUUAUGCCGUGAGGCUGCUAUAUCUGCAAAGAGAAGGUCUAAAAUUGCAAAUGGAGAUGCUAAUGAUUUUAUCUUAACAAUGGAUGACUGGAAGCUGUCAAAAUCUGUGAGUGGUCCCAGCAUAACAAGAGGCAUUACAGUGGAAAUUCCUAGGGUGUCGUGGGAAGAUAUUGGAGGAUUAAAAGAUUUGAAGAGAAAGCUUCAACAAGUGGUUGAGUGGCCAAUCAAGCAUUCUGAUGCUUUUGCAAGGCUAGGGAUAUCACCUGUGCGGGGGAUUCUUCUGCAUGGACCUCCAGGAUGCUCAAAAACCAGCCUUGCUAAAGCUGCAGCUCAUGCGGCCAAAGCUUCUUUUUUUUCGUUGAGUGGUGCAGAAGUAUAUUCGAUGUAUGUUGGAGAGGGCGAAGCUUUGUUGCGUAAUACAUUUCAGAGAGCUCGCCUUGCUGCGCCAAGCAUAAUAUUUUUUGAUGAGGCUGAUAAUAUAGCUGCCAAACGAGGUGGGAGUUCAAGUGACAGCUCUGCAGUUGGAGAGAGGCUUCUAUCCACGCUGCUGACUGAAAUAGAUGGUUUGGAAGAGGCUAAAGGGAUCCUUGUUUUGGCUGCUACAAAUCGCCCUCAUUUAAUUGAUCCUGCACUUAUGCGUCCUGGACGCUUUGAUCUGGUGCUUUAUGUUCCGCCACCUGAUUUAGAAGCUCGAUAUGAGAUUCUUCGUGUACAUACACGCAACAUGUCAAUAGCAAGUGAUGUUGAUCUCAGAAGGAUAGCAAUCGAUACUGAGCUCUUCACGGGAUCUGAAUUAGAAUUCCUGUGUAAGGAAGCUGGUAUUGUAGCUUUAAGGGAAGACAAAUCUGCCACUGAAGUGCGAGAUCGCCAUUUCCAGAUGGUGAGAGGUUCACUAAGGCCGAGAUUGACUAGAGAAGAAAUUGAUUCGUAUUCAUCAUUUAUGAAAAACCCGUCUUUGGAGUCUGCUGGCCGGUUUGAUUGUAGAGCCAAAAAGGAUAGCAAGUGUGUAAGGAAUCAAUUAGGCCUUUUUGGUCCAGUUACAAUUAGUAUCAUCAGCUUCAUAUUGUAUGUUGCAGCUAGGUAUUUAUUCAUGCAUACAGACGUGCACCAUAUGGAAUUGCAACAACCUGAAGAAUAUAGCCAGAAGUGUCCUUGAACGUGGAAGCUUACCCCGUCUUGUGUAUUCUUUCAUCCUCAUCGGCUUUCGGUUAAGAGUCAUAUACGUUUGUUCUAUUAGAAGAUAAAUGAAAGUGGUUGUGCUGAAGAAUGUGACAUUUGUUCUAUCAUGAGCAUUUAUUUGGAACUAGACAUUUUUUAUACCACGAUAUUGGUUUGGAUCUAAA